AAGAAGAAGAAGCAAGCAACCACAUGUUAGUUAUGCAACUUUGUGGGGUUUGUAGUGAUCAGGUUCCUAAAUACAGAUGUCCCGUCUGCAGGAUCAGAUAUUGUUCAGUAAAUUGCUUUAAGAAACACAAAGCUGAAGAUUCAUGUCAGCCAGAUGAAGAAAAAGCUCCAGCCAUAAAUAUCCCUACACCUGUAAGCAGUGCUGAAGAGCCCUGGACUGUGAAUGAUCUACUUGAUGAAGACAGUCAAAGUGACCGAGUGUCUCUAGAGAAACUUCACAAACUUGGUGAUUCAGAGGCACUGAAGAGUUUGUUGGUGAAUCCACAUCUCAGACAGUUAAUGAUGUCCGUGGAUUCAGCUGAAAAUAAGGACACGGCUAUAAAGAACGCAAUGCAGGAACCAUUGUUUGUCGAGUUUGCAGACCAGUGCUUGAAACUUAUUGAACCAGAUGAAACAGAACAUGAGGAUGAUGAUGAUGAAUGAUGAAGCUCACGGUCAUAUAUGAACUGAUUCCUUAUAAACCCACAAUAGCUAUUCUCCCAAUUACACAAAAACAUUUCUUCACAAGUACAGUUUGACUGUAAAAGAAGACACUGGGACCACAGAACGUUUAUAAUAAUUUUUAUUGUUACCAAACAGCACAUUUACUGGUUUGCUGAAGCGAUAACAAUUGGUGUUGCUGAGGUCAAACGAAUGAUUUCAAAGCAGAUCACAUAUUUACUUUGUUGAUCAAUGCCCUGAGUAUAGGACUGUAUGAAGGUACAGACUAGUUUUGGCUUUAACUGCACAUUUUGCACGUCAAUAAAUGUUUCAUAACUGA